AGGACAGGAGAUGCAGAGCCACAGACCAUCCAUCACACAGAUUACAGUUCACAGUUUUCACCCAACCGAUCCAUGAUUGAUAUGGACCAGGCCAGUAGGCCACAGUUCCAAUAAUGCUGCAUUCCCGUAAUAUAAAGAUUCUGACAGCCGAAAGGGCAGAGUGGUUAGGAUCCAUGCCGAUGUUCGCAGCAAGCCGCUUCACGUAGCCGGCCGUUCGAUCAGCUCGCCGCAGUUGACUGGAACAUCGAGGCAGUAGCGGUGGUUGCCUGCUGCUGCGUCGUCGCAUCCUUUUAGAGAUCGAGCUGAGAGCAAUGGGGAAGGCGGGGAGGUGGCUGAAGAGCUUCCUGACUGGCAAGAAGGACAGGCCGCAAGCCGAGGCAGUGGCGGUGACGGCAUUGCCACCAGGGACACCGAAGGAGAAGAGGUGGACCUUCCGGCGGCCAGUGCCUGCAGGGAAGGCUGCAGAGACACCAGCGGCGGGACGCGGCGUGUCGGAUGUGGGACUUGAUUUGUCCGCGUCAGAUAUCGAGUUCGAUCAGAAGAAGCACGCCGUGGCAGCUGUGGUGGCGACCGCGGCAGCCGCCGACGCUGCGGUGGCACGCCUGUCCUCUCGCAGGGCGCACCUGCCGCCGAGUCUCGUCGAGGACGCGGCGGCGGUCAGAAUUCAGGCAACCUUCAAAGGCUAUCUGGCAAGAACGGCUCUGUGCGCGCUGAGAGGCAUAGUGCAGCUGCAAGCUCUAGUGCGAGGCCAACUGGUGAGGAAGCAGGCGAACGCCACCCUCCGCUGCAUGCAGGCUCUCCUCGCCGCGCAGUUCCAGCUGCGCGCGCAGCGCAUGCGCGUUCUCCAGGAACACCACCCGCCACCGCCAAGACCACGGCAGUCUCCGCAACAUCCGAGGCAUCGCCGAUCCUACGAGAUGGAUAGGUCCUGUGAGGAGAACGCCAAGAUUGUCGAGAUGGACAUCGGCGAGCCUGUGCGGCGAGCCGCGGCAAAGGACAGGCAGUUCUUCGUCGAGCACCACGGCCGGUGCUCGCCGGCGCCAUCGGCAAUGACCGAGCUGAGCCCGAGGGGGUACAGCAGUCACUUCGACGAGUUCUCUCUGGCGACAGCGCAGAGCAGCCCGCAGCACGCGUCGGCGGCCUCUGAGCUGUGCCCGAGCUACAUGGCCAACACCGAGUCGUCCCGCGCCAAGGCGCGGUCCCAGAGCGCGCCGCGGCAGCGCACCGACGUGCUGGAGCGGCAGUCGAGCCGGAGGAAGGGAACCCCGCCGAGGAGCGCCAAGAUGCAGCGGUCGUCGUCGCUGGUCGGCGCCGCGGCGCGCGGGGUUGGGCAGUCCCCGUGGUCGUCGGCCGUGAGGCUGGACGCGUCGAGCGCGUUGCUCAAGGACAGCGAGUACGGGUCCACGCUCACCGCGGCCACCGUCUACAGCCGGGCGCGGUCGCUAGUCGGCUUCGAGGUGAGACAUGGCAAGAUCAAGCUCGUGCUACCUGUGUAGAUCAUUGUCAUUUAAUCGUGACACAAGUCUUUUUCCCUGUUUCUUGCUCCAGGUGCGCCGUGGCUUGUAAUGAGUUCUGAAUGCCAUGGACCAGUGGCUUCAGUUCUUCAGAUGAUAUAAAUCGGGAGCUUCAAGCGUGUUUUUUAUGAUCAACUUGUUAAUCGUCGUCGAUGUGUCUGUCAAGCGAGCAACGCGGUUAGUUCAGAGUUGUACAUACACGCGUUUCAACUGUACAUUUAAGUAGGUCAUUUUGCGAUGAUUGUGAGGUACGUAUCGGGUAAUGGCAAAAAUUCAAGGCAACAAA